AUGGAAGAGCUGGAAGGCAGAGGUUGGUCGCAUGGCUCGACAGCGGCUGAGAGAUCACAUCGAAGGCCCUUUCACGAGGAGAUCCAUCAUGUACGCAGGGAGGGCGGGUCGCGGAAGGAGCGGGAUGAGGCCCAGGCUAGCGCGGAGGCAGGGAGCCAUCUCAAGUGCAUAGUCCUGGUGAAGUCCAUGGCGCACAGGCAGUUCCGGAUCCAAGCCAUCGAGCCCUUGCUUGCGAUAUUUAGCGCUAUGGCAGUGACAGCAGAGGACACGCCUUUUCACUGCAGCGUAGAGGUAUGGUCGCCUAAACCUUCUAUGACUGCUGAGGAGCAAGGACGGAGGGUCGGUUGA